AUGUCGUUUGCCGCAGCCAACAAACGUCUACUCAAAGAAUACAAGGCCUUGCUUAGAGAGUCGCCGGAGGGCAUUGUCGCCGGUCCAGUUGACGAAUCAAAUCUUUUUGAAUGGGAGUGCUUGAUACAAGGCCCUGACGAAACCCCUUUCGAGGGUGGUGUUUUCCCAGCGACACUAAGCUUCCCAAAAGAUUAUCCGCUAAAUCCUCCAAAAAUGAAAUUUACUUGCGAAAUGUUUCACCCUAACGUUUACAAGGACGGCACCUGA